AUGCAGUUUUUGACUGCAGUAAUUCCACAGUCAUUUGCUACUCCAAGCUGGAAGAUCGAGACCAAGUAUUCAACCAGAGUGCUCAUUGGAAACUGGGUGGAAGAGAGGGGAAAGUUCACCAAAGCCACUGAGAAAACACCCCAGUGCAUUUACAGAAAAGAGUACGUCCCCUUCCCAGGCCACAGACCGGACCAGAUCUCCAGGUGGUACGGCAAGAGGAGAGUUGAGGGGCUCCCGUACAAACACCUGAUCACCCACCACCAGGAGCCCUCACACUACCAUCUGAUCAGCACAUAUGACGACCAUUACAACCGACAUGGUUAUAACCCAGGCCUGCCCCCACGCCGCACCUGGAAUGGACAUAAGAUGCUGUGGCUCCCAGAGAAAGCCGACUUCCCCCUUCUUGCUCCCCCUACGAACUACGGACUCUAUGAGCAGCUGAAGCAGAGAUGGCUCGUACCCGAGGCUGGCCCGAGGGAGAGCAUUUACACCUCGUCCUACCCCAGACCGCACUGGUGUGCUUUGUCUCGGCGGCAACACGCCAUCCCUGUCCCUCCCCCCCGCCUGCACCCUGUCCCACGUGUCUGAGAACUGCCACCCCGCUGGAAGU